GUUGCGUUGAGUGUCCAAAUGUGUUUGAACGGAGUCAAAGCUGAAUUGCUUGGAAUAUGCUUCAUCGGAAAGUGUUGCUCCUGUUGCUCAUAUUGCUGCAGGCAAUCAGAAGGUUGGAUAGCCUUAACUAUGUCGAAUCCGGCGAGAGAGGAGCAGACAAAUCCAGCUUGUACGAGGAUUCGAGUGCGGGAUGCCCCGAAGCGGACUGCUCACAAUCGCAAGGAAGCACUAUGCUGUCGAGAAGCGAUCCCAAGACCAAGGCAUCGAACAUUGCACAGAAGGCGGCGCAGGAGGCGAGGGCUGCCAGUGAUGCACAAAUGGCCGCCGCAGAGGCAGCUGCCACCCAGGUCAAGCAGGAGCUGGCCGAGCGGGCGGCGCAGUCCGCUCGUGCCGCAGAGGCAGCGCUCGCGGGCAAACAGCAAAUUGUGGAGCAACUGAAUCAGGAAGUGAACGAAGCGGAUGCCGUCGUCGCAGACAUUACCGCAUCCCUGCAGAGCACACAGGCCAAUGCCAAUACGGCUGCACAAGUGGCAGCGGAAUCGCAGGCGCAGCUCGGCCAGCUGAAGCGUCUGGUGGCCGCUGUCACGGCGAAUCUGGUCAACAUUGAGAACGUGGCAAAUGGUGCACAGCAGGAGCUGGCCGAGAAAACCCAGCUCCUGGAAGCGGCCAAGAAUCGGGUGGAGAGUCUAUAUCGUCAGCUUACGGAGGCCAAGCAGGACUUUGAGAAGACCAAGAAAGCCGCCUACAAGGCCGCCUGUGCAGCAGUCGAGGCCAAGCAGAAGGCCUCCAGAACGCGUCGAAUGAUCGGUCGAUGGCACCACGCCAAGAAAUCUUCGAAAUACGCUUGUGCAGCCAAAAAGUAGAUCUAUU